AUGUUGAACUACAAUUUCAAGACAGAUCCAAUUCCGGAUGUUGAUGCUCUUGUCUCCGGGCCAAAUUACCGCUUCACCAUCAUCAAUGACUUUGUUUUACGUUUUGAGUGGGCCGAAGAUGGAAUUUUCGAGGAUCGAGCAUCCACCUUCGCCAUCAAUCGCCGGCUUACACGACAGAAUAAACAUACCGUCAAAGAGACAGACACCCAUCUUGAAAUUAUCACGCCGACGAUUCAUGUGUCCUAUGACAAAAAGAGAUUCAGCCCCAGCGGCCUGAAGAUAGAAGCGACACAUCAGACAAACAAGUGGGAAACUACAUGGAGAUAUGGAGAGACAUCAGCAUUCAAUCUGGGAGGUACUGCCAGGACUUUGGACGGCAUUGACGGUCGGUGUGAUGUUGGUCCAGGAGUUCUUUCCAGGGCAGGCUUUUCCUUCAUCGACGACAGUGAUUCUAUGCUCUUUGAUGAAGGGUUUGUGUCUCCAAGAUGUCAAGGAGAUCGCACCGAUGGUUAUUUUUUCUCGUUUGGGAGUAACUUCAAAGGUGCAAUGAAAGCAUAUUUCGAUAUUUCAGGACAUACACCAGUAAUUCCUCGGUGGGCUCUUGGCAAUUGGUGGAGUCGUUUCCACAAAUACACAGGACAGGAAUACAUUGAUCUUAUGGAUAGGUUCAAGAGAAACGGUAUUCCUCUUUCCGUCGCAGUGCUCGACAUGGAUUGGCAUGUUGUUGACGAAGCGCCACACUCGGGAUGGACCGGGUACACCUGGAACAAAAAGUUCUUCCCUGAUCCUGAAAAGUUCGCAGAGGAUUUGCACAAACGAAAUCUCAAGAUGACAUUGAAUGAUCAUCCGCAUGCUGGUAUCGCUUCACACGAAGAGCAAUACGAGGCAAUAGCUAAAUUUCUCGAUCACGGCACUUCCGAAAAGACGCCAAUCCUUUUCGACCCAACAGAUUUCAAGUUCAUGGAAGCCUUUUUCGAUAUCCUGCACCGUGGACUAGAAAAGAAAGGUUGUGACUUUUGGUGGAUCGAUUGGCAGCAAGGUUCCCAUUCGGCGAUCCCUGGUCUGGAUCCUCUCUGGUUACUCAACCACUAUCACUACCUUGACCAACAGCGGACAGUUGGCGAGAAGCAGGCCCUGAUUUUCUCCCGAUAUGCUGGUCCUGGAAGCCAUCGAUAUCCUAUAGGCUUUUCAGGCGACACCAUCGUCACUUGGGAUUCUUUGCGCUUUCAGCCAGAAUUCACAGCCACAGCAUCGAAUAUCGGAUAUGGAUGGUGGUCACAUGAUGUUGGUGGCCACAUGUUUGGGUCUCGAGAUGACGAACUCGUCGCUAGAUGGGUUCAGUUGGGCGUUUUCUCGCCGAUCAUGCGACUUCAUUCUUGUGACACCCCGUGGGGAUCGAAAGAACCCUGGAACUACCGUCAUGACGCUCAGCAGGCUAUCACUUUCUUCAUGCAACUUCGUCACAGACUCAUCCCGUAUCUUUACACACUCAACGUCAACUUUUCCAAGAACGAUGAACCCCUUGUUCAGCCCCUGUACUGGAAAUUUCCGGUCACAAAGCAAGCAUUCGAGUACCCGAAUGUUUACUUCUUUGGCCCCUCGUUGUUGGUCGCUCCUAUAACCGAACCGGCGAGUGUGAUGACGCGACACGCACCAGUCAAGGCAUGGCUUCCGCCGGUGGCUGCUCGAUACAUCGAUAUCAUGACAGGAACUGUCUAUGAUGGUGAUAGGGAGCUUCAGCUGUGGCGGAGGCUGAGCCACAUACCACUACUUGCACCUGAAGGGGCCAUUAUACCUCUCGAUGCGGCACACAUUCCAGUCAAUGGCGGCAAGAACCCGACCUCCUUGGAGAUAAUCGUCAUAGUCGGCCAGGAUGGGAAGUUUGUAAUGGCAGAAGAUCCUUCCGACGAUGAGUCCAAUGGCCAUGGAGAACCACGUUUCGUUCACAUCGCGUGGUCACAGAUAUCUGGUCAACUAUCCAUCGACAAUCUCAAUGGCCAGGACUGGAGCCUCCGUUUCUUAGGACUUUCGAGGCCUGAGAAUGCCCAAGUAAGAGUCGGUGGAUUGCCAGCUGAAAAUGCUGAGUUUCAGGACACAUCAGACAGAGGACUUGCUACUGGUUUUGUUGUCAAGUUGCCUCGAUCAGCCAGCCGUGGUCAAGCCAUCAUCUACGUUGGAGAAGACCCUCAGUUAAAUAUCAACGACUACAAAGAGAGGCUCAGAGGCCUUUUACUAGAUUUUCAGAUAGAGUUUGCCCUGAAGGACAAGUUAUUUGCUAUUAUAGAGGGAGAACAACCAGCCGUUGUCAAGGUGGCUAACCUUCUCAACGUCACCAGCGAUAUGAACAUCUUGGGUCCAUUGAUCGAUCUUUUGACGGCUGAUAGUCGAAAUUGA